UUUUUUUUCCAUUUCAGGUGCCCCGUGUUUCAAAUACUGUACAAGGAAAUUUGCAUAGAUAAGACAAUAGAAAUAAUACGCGUACUUGGAGAGAAAAUCAUGAAUCUUUUUGGUGGAAGAGGCAUUAUUCGAAAGAAGUAUUUCAAGCGCAUGGUUUUCAUUGUUGCGAUCACUGUGAUCCUGGUUAGAAUUUUAAUCAGUAGACCGAAAAAUGUGCUGGAAUCUCGUCAAUCCGAGAAUGAAUUGGUGCAACAGACAUUGGAAACCCUUGAUCCCUCAAAAAUCCCAGAAAAUGCCAUUUAUUUGAUGGAGACUUCAGGAUUGCCCAUGUUGAGUCCCAAACAGCUCUGUGCAGUUGAGUCUGCAGCUCUACAUCACCCCAACAGACCUGUGGUAAUGGCUGUGAACAAUACGUUCUUGCAGCUGCCCGUAGUUUUGAAAUCCUGGUCUGAAAGGUACCCAAAUGUCAUGUUCAUCAAUUUGGACAUUGUCCAAUGGCUGAAUGGGACCAUUCUUUUGCCAUGGCUUUCCAAAAACUUACUUGACAAGAGUCCAUUUAAAACUCCCCAAGCCACUAAUGCCCUGAGGUAUGCCACCCUGUUCAAGUAUGGUGGAUUGUACUUGGACACUGAUGUGAUUGUCAUGAGGCCAAUGGAUGACUUGGUGAAUGAUAUUGGUCUUCAGUUUAACGAUGAGCUGAAUGGUGCUGUAUUGGCAUUUGAGAAGCACCAUCCCUUCAUGGAAGCCUGCAUGAAUGAGCUGUCUGCAAAGUUCAAUCCUUACAAAUGGGGCUCCAAUGGACCAUAUUUGUUGACAAGGGUGAUCCGCACUUUCUGCAACUUCAAUGCAACAAAUUUACUGAAACCUGGUUACUGUAAGGGCAUCAGAAUAUUGGACAUCAGUGCCUUUUACCCAGUCCUACCUACUACAUGGCAACUGUUGUUCAGCCAUGAUCAAAAUAUUUCUGCAAGUAUUCUCAAAGAGGCUGAGCAGAGCUAUACCAUGCAUUACUGGAACAAUAUGUCUAAGGAUACACCCAUUGAAGUGGGUACCCCUCAAGCUCUUGGUGUGCUUGCUGCCAAACAUUGUCCCUUAGUCUCUGCUUCAAUAGCCAAUGGGCAGCUGUGGGGACUCAACAUACAUUCCAUCAACAAAAACUGACUUUGUUUUUAUUACUGAUGCUUCCUCCUUGUUUUUGUGUGCAUUGAAUUAGUGUUUGAGGGUUUGAUAUUGUAUUAAAUUGAACUUUUCACCCAAAUGUCCAGGCAAGAAAUUCCUUUGAAUUGCAGAACUGGAAUCCAAAAAAUUGGCAUAUCAGAUGUAAAUUUUGAGAACUAAAUGUUUACAGAUUUUGUUCAAAGGAUUAACCCAAUGGAACUCAGCAUCAGAACAUGGUUCCAAGUUGAAAUUUUGAACUCCCAAACACAGUGCAAUAUUGAUCUUUUUUCAACACGUUGCUCCUAUUGGCCACCUUUUUUUUUUUUCAAACUCCCAG